UUCUUUUGUUUGUUUUACCAGGAGAUGUUACUGCACAGAAAUAGCGACUUCCAUGCCACAGAGGAUAACAGGGGCAUAACUCAGCGAGCAAAAAGGAGUCCAGGCAAACAGCCAGAAACAGAAUCAACUGGGAAAGAAAAAAGGAAAGAGAGGAAAAAAGGCAAGAAAAGGCCUGUGCCGGGCCCCCCCGGUCCUCCUGGUCCCCCAGGCCCACAGGGGCCACCGGGCAUCCCUGGAAUCCCCGGUAUUCCAGGAAGCAACACUGUGGGGCCUGCAGGACCUCCUGGACCCCCCGGGCCACAGGGACCUCCGGGUGUUCAAGGUCCAGCAGGUGUUCCCGAAAAGACAAAAACAAAGGAAUUCCAGCCUGCUGUGGUUCAUUUGCAAGGGCAGGAAACAACCAUCCAAGUGAGAGAAGAUCUGUCUGAAGGCAUCCUUAGGAACUGGAAGAUGGUGUCCAUCCAUCACCGUGUGUUUAAAAUGCACUCUCGCUCUGGAGAGCUAGAGGUGCUGUUGGAUGGUGUCUACUUCAUAUAUAGUCAGGUGUACUACCUCAACUUCACAGACAUUGCUAGCUAUGAGGUGAUGGUAGACUCCAACCCGUUCCUGCGAUGCACCUGCAGCAUCGAGACGGGCCAGCGCAAAUUCAACACCUGCUACACGGCCGGGGUGAGCUUGCUCCGUGCUGGCCAGAGGAUUUCUAUACGCAUAGUCUAUGAGGACACACUCAUCAGUAUGACCAACCACACCACCUUCCUGGGAAGUGUCAGACUUGGAGAGGCGCCAUCUGCUGGACAGAACUGAUAACUACACAACCACCUGGCGGUCUACUGAAAUGAAAGUGACUCUCAGUGGUCGAAUCAGUUCAGAGUCAUGCUGUUGUCUCAUCUUACCCAAUGUAGGAUUUAUGAAUUGAUUAGAGCUGUGUUUAGACACUACUUCUAACCUGAGUCUGGCCCCAGUUUAGAGGACACUUAAAUCCUCUAGGUUAUUGAAGUUGAGAAAGCCCCAGGGUGAUUUUUGUUCAAUUUCACAUCUGUAUCAAAAAGGGCAAUAUAGACUGUUAUGCUUCCCCUCUCACUGACUAUGCAGAGACAUCAGCCUUGAUGAGCCAAAUGUCCUCAUCAAACAAAAGUUUCUAUUUAUAGUCGCCAUUUAGUGUCAACACAGACAGCACCACGCUCUAGAACAAGGAAGGAUGAUGUGCUGACAGAUACUUAAUGUUAACAUUAAUUUUUAAGUGCUGUUGAAUGAUAAUCUUGUAUCUCCAAAACCAUCAGCUGUUUGAAAUAUUUUAUUUGCAGUUGUAUACAUGGCCUUUUUAAUUAAUUUAAUCAUAUUAACACUUAUAAAUGAGUGGUUUAUUAAUCGGUUUUAAAUCUCCAUAUGCCACCGAGUCAUAAAAAUAAGAUCAUAUAAAUAUUCUGAGUAUAAAGAUAUCUUUGCAAACUGAAAAACAAAUCCAUUAAACCUGAAGUUAUAAGGUAUUCCCAGAGCAACAGCACUAUAUAUUUUGCGCACAUUUGCACUACAGCAUCCCUGCAGAAUAACAGUGAUAUGUUUUGUUACAGUGCUAUUGUUUAGGUGCCGUAUGAAUGAAUCCAUAUGGGAAAAUGAUAGUUGUUUAUAUGUCUCUGUACAUAUUGUAUAUAAAAUGGGAUAUACUUUUGUAAAUGGAGUUGAUU